AUGUCGGCCAAAAGCGUCAAAGGCCCAGGAGGCAAGAAACAUGCAUCAGCAGCGACUAAUUUGAUCGCUGGUGGUGGAGCAGGCAUGAUGGAGGCUCUUGCGUGUCAUCCGUUAGAUACCAUCAAAGUACGGAUGCAAUUAUCCAGGAGGAAAGCUCGUGGAGCGAAGCCAAAAGGGUUUUAUGCGACGGGCAAAGAGAUUGUCAACAGAGAAACACCCUUAGGUCUCUACAAGGGGUUGGGAGCCGUCCUCACAGGCAUUGUACCCAAGAUGGCUAUACGGUUCACGUCAUAUGAGUGGUACAAGCAACUAAUGGCCAACAAAGAGGGGGAAGUCAGCGGGCAAGCGACGUUCUUUGCAGGCCUUGCUGCGGGAGUGACAGAAGCUGUCUGCGUUGUGACGCCUAUGGAGGUAGUCAAGAUCCGUCUGCAAGCCCAACAUCAUUCGCUAGCGGAUCCCUUGGACAUCCCAAGAUAUCGCAAUGCUCCGCACGCUGCAUACACUGUCCUGAAAGAGGAAGGCAUUGGCGCCAUUUAUCGUGGCGUUUCGUUGACUGCCUUGCGGCAAGGAACUAACCAAGCUGUCAAUUUCAGUGCCUAUACCGAAUUCAAACAGAUCUUGCAAGACAUGCAGCCAGCAUAUCAUGACAAGGAGCUGCCGAGCUAUCAAACGGCCUUAAUUGGUCUUGUCAGCGGAGCAAUGGGGCCUCUCAGCAAUGCCCCAAUUGAUACAGUCAAGACACGACUACAGAAGACACCUGCUGAAGAGGGUCAAACGGCUAUAAGCCGGAUCAGAAUAAUAACAAGUGAAAUGUUCAAGCAAGAGGGAUCCAGAGCUUUUUACAAAGGAAUCACUCCCAGGAUCAUGCGUGUUGCCCCAGGCCAGGCAGUGACUUUUACGAUGUACGAAUAUUUGAAAGGAUGGUUGGAGAGCACUAACUUUGGUAUCGGAGGAGGCAAAUAUGAGGAAUGA